AUGGUCAUGGACGUCGCGCGUACGUUCAUGAUGCAUGCGGCUGCCCCCCAUUUUCUGUGGCCGUUUGCGGUUCAGUACGCCGCGCAUCAGCUCAACCUUCAGCCCCGGGUCUCCUUGCCAGAGACCUCCACCGCCUUGCGGUGGACAGGGAAGGUUGGCGAUGCGUCUGCGUUUCGGGUCUGGGGAUCUCGGGCGUUUGUCCGCGACUUGUCUGCGGACAAGCUGUCCCCCCGUGCUGUUCCUUGCGUCUUCCUUGGCUUCCCCCCUAACGCGCCUGGCUGGCAGUUUUACCACCCCACCACGCGCCAUGUUCUGUCCUCCCAGGACGUCACCUUUGACGAGUCGGUGCCUUACUACCGUCUCUUCCCCUACCGCACUACGCUCCUCCCCCCGCCGCCGCUCUUCCUAGCGCCAGGUGCUACUCAGGUAGUCCCCCUCCCUCCUCAGGGUCCUGCCCCUUCAGGUGUGUCCCAGGUAGACGCAGUCGACCCUGUCGAGGUAGCUGUAGACUCUGGUGCUGCUAGAGGUGCUGAGCCUGCGGGUGCCGGGUCUGCGGGUGCCGGGUCUGGGGGUGCUGAGUCUGGGGGUGCUGAGACUGGAGGUACUGAGCCUGGGGGUGCUGAGCCUGGGGGUGCUGAGUCUGGGGGUGCGGAGCAUGGGGGUACUGGGUCUGCUCGUGUGGCCGCCGGCGGUACUUCGUCGAGGCGGGAGCCGCUCUCUCCACAUGAGCUGCGCGUGUGGUUCGCCCGCCGCUCGAGACGUGCUUCUGAGUCUGGGGGUGUUGGUGCUGGUGUUUCUACUGGUGCUGGUGCGUCUGGGGGUGCUGCUGAGGCAGCUGGUGCUGACGGUCCUACUGGAGUUGGUGCUGCUGGAGCUGGAGCUGCUGGGGGUGUUGGCGCUGGUGUUUCUACAUGUGCUGGUGCGUCUUGGGGUGCUGCUGAGGCAGCUGGUGCUGACGGUCCUUCUGGAAUUGGUGCUGCUGGAGCUGAAGCUGCUGGGGGUGUUGGAGCUGGUGUUUCUACUGGUGCUGGUGCGUCUCGGGGUGCUGCUGAGGCAGCUGGUGCUGACGGUCCUACCGGAGUUGGUGCUGCUAGAGCUAGAGCUGCUGGGGGUGUUGGCGCUGGCGGUGCUGCUGGCGCUAGUGCUUCUGAGGCGUCGUGA